AUGUUGCUUCUUAUGAUAAUAUCAUCUGCCCUCGCCUUUACCAACGGUAAGUACAUGAACACUUUAUUAAAUGCGCUUGUUGAGACAAUAACAUUGUAGCUAUAAAAAGCAAAGGAGCUGCCAAAAGAAAAAAUACUGACUAAUUCACUUCAAGAAACAAAAAAUUACUGAGUGGUCUGCAAUGGGUUCUUAUUGGUCCCCAGUAAGUAGUCAGAAUUGAAGAAACCAGUUAGCUGAAAUUGAGUCUAGACAUGUAUAGUUCAGAAAUCAAUUCACUAAAAUGAAUUUAGUCAAAGGUUGAUAUUUUAAAGAGAUGUGAUACAAAAUUGCGUGAAGAUUGGAAUUAGGGGAUUGCAAUUCAAUAAGGGCCAUAUCUCAAAAGUUUCACACAAAUCACAUUCAUUUGUUGACUUCUUAAUUCAUGGAAUACUUAUAAACUUUUUCCUCAAGUCUCACAUGCCACUUUAGAUCUCAUAAACUGAAGUAUCCGCCGCAGUUUAUCAUGACAUAAUUGACUUUUCGUCUUCUUGUUUGUAUUUUCCAUUGUUUUCUUUUUAUUUCUACAGUUUAGUUGAUUUUUUUCGCUCAUUGUUUUUUUUUCUACUUCUAUAUCUUUUUAAGCUGCAACGAAAUGUGAACAACUCAGCUCCCAAGCCUCACAAAAUGGCGGUUUGUUAGGUUCUUUCGUACCCAAGUGUAAUACUGACGGUAGCUUUAGCUCGGAACAGUGCUGGCCUUCUACCGGGUUCUGUUGGUGCGUGGAUAUAUUCGGAGAGGAAAUACCUGGAACUAAAGUCAGAGGGAAGGCAGACUGUAGCAAGACAAGUACGUUUGCAUGUUUUUUUUCUUCUGCUUUGCGUAUUUGUUUUCUGCAAAACCAGUCCAGUUAGUUUAUAUUAAUUUAUAUCAAACGAUGACGUUUAUCGUUCGGUCUCUUGUGUAAUCUUCUAUUAUUAUAAUGGUUAGGGUUUGUUAAGUAUAAAAACUUUCAUUUCGGCGUUUGUUCACUGUAGAGAGUAUUCAUUACCGAACGAUUUAAAUAGCGUUGAAAAAGCUUACAGUGGUACACAAAGUGUCUUUUCGCUUACAAUGGGCCCAUGGGUCCUGGCUGGUCCGUGGUAAGUAUUUCAUCAUUCACCGUUAAAAAAUAACGCUGCUUUAAGGUUGAGCUAACACUGGAUUUUAGAUUGAUAAAACGAUGUCCUUGUAAAAUCUGAUUUAAAGCCACGGACAUAUAUCGAAAUAAAAAUAUUCAAUGUUUGAAAAAAAAUAUGAUGCGAAGGCCAUUCACUUUUCUGCUUUGUUGAGAGUGACGUUAUUAUUAGUGAUUUGUCUUUUUUUCUUUAUAUUACUAUGACAUGUAGUAGUCUGUUAUUACCUUCUCGUCCUUUUUAGUAUAGUUAUCGUAUUUAAUUUUUCGUACAAUUGAGAUAAAUAUCAAUAAAAAAGAAAAAGUCUUGUUUUGAAGAUAACAGAAAAUUUUAGCCUUUAUCUUCAAGAUCUCUGUGCAACUUUAGCUAUUUUUCUGAAUCAUUUGCAAAUGUCAUGUAAAACCGUAAUUUGAAAUCAUUUCAGAAAUCUGUGAUUUCAUUUCUUUCUAAAAGAAGCGAUUUUUUUCAAAAAAAAUGCACUAACAAUAAACUGCGAUAAAAUACUACUUAAAUUCAUUUUAAUAAAUUGUUUUUUUUUUAAAUAAGGACUUUCAAGGAAAGGACUUCUGUUCCAGCGAUUUCUCUAAAAUUUACUUGGCAUAUUUAUAUAUCGCUAAAAGCCGAUACCUGAAUUUGUUAUUAUUACCGAAGGACACCUGAAGUCGUUUUCAAAGUUUCGCGGCCAUCGCGUCUGAAUAUUUAAAAAAAGGUAUGACGAAAAGUUCGUCAAAGCUCAAUGCGUCGGUUCUACCAGGGUGUAUUUUAUGCUAUGGCUAUUCCGAGUGAUUGCUUUAGCUACAUGUCUGGGGUAAAAGUCAAUAAAUCUAAUUAAUUCCAAAACUGAAGGACUAUGGAUAGGGUCGCUAAAGGAUAAUACGAUAAAACCUUUUGGCAUCAAAUGGCCUGACGAAGCAAUAAGGCCUAAGGAGUCUUUUUCACAUCUCAUCAAAAUCUGCUGCUCGAAAACCAAUUCAAAGAGAAAAUAAUUAAUGAUAAAUUUAUUGUAAUCGAGGGGUCUUUCAAUUUAUGGUAAAUGCUAACGGUUUUCAAAUCACUCCCUUCUAAGUUUGUUAACACCUCCUACUCCAUGCCCUCUCUAAACUUUAUAAUAAAAGAAUUACAUGAGUUUAUUUAAGACUCGCUUUUUAUGGAAUGGCAAAAAUAAGGUGACCAUAUUGUCUGCAGUUAACAGCCAUGAGAAAGGAGGCCUUACCAUUAUCGAUAUAGAGUCCACUAUUCGAGUUCUUAGUCGAUCUAAAACGUGCUUGGAAAAUAUAAAGAGAGUCCAAUUCACCUCGAAUAAAUGUGCAUGGAAACUAUAUCUCAAGCAUUUAUAUCUAAAAAUGUGGUUCUCCUGCUAUACAGUUGGAAUUUUAACGACAUUGAUGACCUUUCGAUUCAAUCACUGUUCUAUUGUGAAGAAGUAUUUUAGAAGGCAUUUGCAGCAGAUGAGGACAGGCUGGCGUCUCAUAAUCGCACUGUUGACUUACCUCAGAGUAUCACGUCAAUCACGGCAAAACUCCUUUCGUCUAGCUGCUCGUUUUUAUUUUUCAUUCUCGUAGUUGAUUUUAUUUCGCUCAUUGGUUUUUUUCUACUUUCGUAUCUUUUUAAGCUGCAACGAAAUGUGAACAACUCAGCUCCCAAGCCUCACAAAAUGGCGGUUUGUUAGGUUCUUUCGUACCCAAGUGUAACACUGACGGUAGCUUUAGCUCGGAACAGUGCUGGCCUUCUACCGGGUUCUGUUGGUGCGUGGAUAAAUUCGGAGAGGAAAUACCUGGAACUAAAGUCAGAGGGAAAGCAGACUGCACCAACAAAGGUAAUGUCGUGUAAUCUUCAGCAAGAUAUGAACCGGGACGAUAUAUCCCUGGAUUAUAGUGCGCUAACAGCUUAGCUGUCCCGAAGAACGUUCCUUUAGAAGAUAUGGUUGACCAGUUUGGCUUUACAACUGAGCCGGGAAGUAGGAUAAGAAACAGUAACUAACACAGUUGAAUUCCCCUUUGUAUAUAUAGCAGAUUAAACUGUUCUCCUGUUUUCAUCACACAAUGAAAACUGAACUAGAAAAAGCACAUACGGGUAGUGGUCUUCUAAUUUUGGCUUAAUAAGGGAGGUUGUGGAUAUUUCUCUCAAAAAAUGACCAACCGUAUAGAUAUCAUGGUCUGCUUGGUCAAGGUUACUAUGCCAACGGAGUAAGCCGAAUUUCAAGUACGCCUACAAAAGAAUUGGCCGCCAAAAAAGCUAGAAUUUCUCUAGAAGACAAUGGGUUGGUUAUUUAAACGAAGUUUAACCUUAACUUAGGCCGUGGUUUACGAAUAUCUCUUUCUUAGUGAGUUAAUUUAAGAAGACAUGUGCUUUUCCAGUCUACGCCAUGUGCUUUAUUGAAAUUGCUGACCAUAGAUGGUGUUUAGAUAAAAGCGUUGGGCAAUGAUAAUGGCAUAGAACGCGGUUUUGUUAAACACGGGCUAAACUCUGUUUAAAUAACUGGUCCGAUAUGUUUCUAUUUUGCGAGAUUGUUUAUGCGUUUGGAAAGCCUGUUUGGUCCGCCAUCUUGUUUAGGGUACACAGGAGCCCGGAGAUCAAGAGAUAUUUUCUGAAAUACUAAAUAAAUUUGUUGUUUCCAUUGUAGGCCAAUGAAGCAUACCUGCAGCUGUUGAUCAACAUUACGGAAAGGUUUCAAAAAAGCAGAACUAAAUUAUUGAGUCUAUGAAAUAAACUUGCAUCAUUGACUGAAGCUUCAUUUGUGUGGGUCGUCACUGUUUUUUGGUAGAAAAGAAGAAAGGAUCAUUUAGAUUGUUUGUUUAAUUGUUGAUAUGCCUCGUAUCCAGUAUCCUCUCCUCACUGUUUGCAUGUGUUUGGGGAGAACACUUCAUCCGUUUCGUUCUCUGGUAAGGGUAAUCAAGGGUAAUGGAAAUGACAACAGUAGUUGUACGCAGUGUAUUAACGGUAAAGUCCGGUGUCGGACGUCAGUAUACGAUGGGGCCACUGGCUGCCUCUAAUGAUGGGUCCCUUUUAUGAGCUUGGGGUCAGUGAUAUUUGUGGUAAGUGGUAAUAAGUGAGGUGACAACAGAGGAGGAAGUAGACCACCGACGAGGCUUUCCCCACUGUACUGUUUUCGAAGUAGUUUGUGUGAUUUGAAGUCCCCUUCUUAGUUCCCAGUUGCCUAGUCCCUAGGCCUCAUUAUUUCGCGCGGCCAAAGCGUUUCGGGUCACGUGGUCCAAGCGAAAUGAAUUGACCGAUAGGGACUGGGAAAACGCCGUACAGGGACUAGGAAAAGUUCACAGCUGAUGAAAGAGAGAUGAAGGAGACAAGCUCCAUAAUCUGUACAGAGAUAAUGAUCCUUAACACAACCAGCAUGACUUUCCGCUUUUUUUUUUAACCCUGACCGGGCUUUAAAUCUGGGCCUCCCGUAUUACGAAAUAUUUGGUUAACUGUUUACGUACCUUAUUGGUUAUUAAUUUCGCGGGUACCGAGUAAUUUCGCGGGGUUUCAUUUUCGCGAUUUCAGCAGGCAAAUAUGAAAGAAGAGUAGCCUGCGAAUACAUCGGUUUCUCCUUCAACUCCACGCCGCUGUUGCUGCAGGCAACUACUGACUGGCUGCCUUAUUCCGGCACAUAA